GGUCAUCAAUAAGCUGGCCGCAUUACAGUUCAAUUUCAAACGGUCGCGAGUCAAUGUCACGGACAGCAUCCACCACGGCGGGACACUUUUCCGGCUCGCGGUUUUCGAUUCUUUAACCAGAGAGAGCGAGAGAGAGAGAGAGCAGACUGAAAGUGAUUCUUCAGUGGUUCUCGGGUGUGUCGAGUUUUGGUUCGAAAACUAUUCAUCAAAUUUGAAGCAGAUUAAUAAACAAGUGCAUUUACAGUGGUGGUGAAAGUGGUGCAACACAGAACACAGUUAACGGUGGUGAACGUGGUGGUGGUGGUGGUUUGUGGUGCCGUACUCGGCGCGUCGGCACAAUGCCGUCGGUACGUGUGAUUUUCGCCAUUGCCGUGUGCUUGUCGGCCACUGUGGCAAGUGUGGAUGAAAGUGAGCCAAAUGCGCCUGAUGAUACCGUUGUAAUUGAAGCUGCUCAACCACCGCCACGUCAGCCCCGCCAAGUGUGGCUGAACGCGCACGUACCGCAUGCCGACUGGAAGCAGACGCUCGGCGACGGCAGCCCCUGCCUAACCGCCAAGGGCCACCUCGGCUUUUGUACCUCGUUCCGCAAGUGCUACCCCUACUUCAAGGUGCCCGAUCUGAGCGUCUGGGAGUCGUGGGUGCUGGGCAACUACGACACCUGCAGCUACUUCAACGAGCAGGGCCGCCAAGCGUUCGGUGUGUGCUGUACCAAUCCCAUCACACCGCUACCGAUCGACUCCAGCCCGGUGAUUGAGGCCGUUCCAGGGGUGAUACUGCCGGCCAGCACGGGGCUCGGCUCGGAACCCAACAAACCGCCCAACAAGAACAACAACUACCCGAGCUGGCCACCGCCAAUUCCGACCCACCCGCCGGACCACACGCCGGCCACCCAUCCGCCCGCGUUCGGUGGCCCACCGGCACCGACCACCGUCUCGUCCGUCGUUGACCCUGCGGCGUCCGAACCGACCCAAAGGCCGACGACCACCUGGCCAACCCGACCCCGUCCACCGCAGGUUCCGAAUCAACCGACGCCGGCGCCACCGGCCCAACCGAUCGGCGUUUGGCCACCGCCCGUACCGACCCAUCCGCCGCUGGAAAUCUCCACCCUGCCGCCCUCCUCGUCCGGAGUCGUCGUGAGCGAUCCGUCCAAUCUUGGCUGUGGCGUGAAAAAUGGCAAUCCGGACACGGAACGAAUCGUCGGAGGUCACAAUGCGGACCCGAACGAGUGGCCCUGGAUAGCGGGACUCUUCAACAAUGGGCGCCAGUUUUGCGGUGGAUCGCUGAUCGAUAGCAUCCACAUCCUGACAGCUGCCCAUUGCGUUGCCCAUAUGAGCUCCUACGACGUGGCACGUCUGUCAGUGAAGCUUGGCGAUCAUAAUAUCCGCUCCAACACGGAGGUACAGCACGUGGAACGGCGCGUCAAGCGACUGGUCCGUCAUCGCGGUUUCGACUCGAGAACGUUGUACAACGAUGUGGCCGUCCUGACGAUGGACCAAGCAGUACCGUUUACGAAGCAAGUGCGACCGAUCUGUCUGCCGGCCGCGGACAGCACGAGAGCUUACAGUGGCCUAACGGCGACCGUUAUCGGUUGGGGUAGUUUGAGAGAAAAUGGACCACAGCCAGCGAUCCUGCAGGAGGUGAAUCUACCGAUCUGGACGAACAAUGAGUGCCGCAUCAAGUACGGGCCGGCCGCACCGGGUGGCAUUAUCGAUACGAUGCUUUGCGCUGGCCAGGCGGCGAAGGAUUCGUGCAGUGGUGACUCGGGUGGUCCGCUGAUGGUGAACGAUGGCAAGUGGACGCAGGUCGGUGUCGUUUCGUGGGGCAUCGGUUGCGGCAAGGGCCAGUAUCCGGGUGUGUACACACGGGUGACCGCCUUCCUGCCGUGGAUUAAGAAAAACAUCAACGAUGCAUAAAGCGGUUCCCCGGUGCCGUGGGCGAAAGGAUCGAGAAGAUCACAAACACAAACACACAACAAUUGCCAUUCACAAAAGUGCCCCCUUUUUCUCGACCCCACACUUAAUCGCGCUUGAAAAGAAGCACUUUUUUUAAACGUAAAUAAACAGUGACUGAAUAAACUAAA